AUGGCGUGGCCCAACAAGAACAAGGAUAUGUUAUACCGCCGUGUUGGCAACUCCGGAUUGCAUGUUUCAGCGCUGGGUCUGGGAGGAUGGCUAACCUACGGAGGCCAUGUCGACAACGAGGUCACAUUUCAAUGCAUGAAACAGGCGUAUGACUGCGGAAUCAACUUCUUUGACACCGCCGAAAGUUACGCCGGAGGCCAAUCCGAGGUCGUGAUGGGACAGGCAAUCAAGAGAUUCGAGUGGAAGCGAAGCGACAUAGUCAUUAGCACCAAGCUCAACUGGGGCCUGGCCAACGGUGAAAUCCUGAUCAACAACCACGGGUUAUCGCGCAAACAUAUUAUCGAGGGUACCAAAGCGUCGCUUGAACGACUUCAACUAGACUAUGUUGACAUCAUCUACGCCCACCGGCCCGAUCGAUUAACCCCGAUGGAGGAGACGGUAAGGGCAUUUAACUUUGUGAUUGAGAAGGGAUGGGCCUUCUAUUGGGGAACAUCGGAGUGGUCGGCGGAUGAAAUCGCAGAAGCUUGUGGUAUUGCUAAAUCACUGGGUCUGAUUGCACCGAUCGUGGAGCAGCCACUGUACAACAUGCUAGACCGCGAGAAGGUCGAAGGCCAGUACCAGCGGCUGUAUUCACGAUUCGGGAUUGGUCUCACAACAUUUUCACCAUUGAAGAUGGGUCUACUCAGUGGGAAGUAUAACAACUCAUCCGCUCCUCCUCCGGGGUCGCGAUUCGCAGAGAGCAAAGAUAGUUUCGCCCGCGGCGCACGGGAUACCUGGGAUAGUGACCAGUGGACAGGCAACGUGCAGAAGAUUGCUGGGAUACAGUCAUUGGCGGACAAGCUCGGGGUUAAGCUGUCGCAGCUCGCACUGGCCUGGUGCCUGAAAAAUGAGAAUGUCUCGUCCGUGAUUACUGGAGCGUCGCGCGCAGAACAGGUACUCGAUAACGUGAAGAGUCUCGAAUUGCUGCCGAAGUUGACGCCGGAGGUCAUGGGAGAGCUAGACGAAUAUCUCCAGAACAAGCCCGCUCAGGAUCCUGCGAGGCAAGGUUGA